CUCCAUUAGGCCCAUAAUUUUUGGGCCCAUGUAAGAACAGUUUCAUCCUGUUCCGUUUCGGCCCAGAAUGGUGCGAAUCGGAUAAAGUUCACCAACGGUGGAAAAGCGACUUUAGAUUAAACCGGAGAAAUUUGGAGAGAGUAUAACCGGAUUGUUCGUUCGUCUUUUUGUUCUCCAUUUACAGUCAAAACCUUUUUCCGUUAUUAUCAAUUGGGUUUAGAGCUGAGUUCACUGUCUAAACCCUACCGCCAUGAAUACUCUGAAUCUCGUCGCUGCUAAACCUACCGGCGGUCACCUGCCUCUCAUUCCAUCGCUCCAUCCUUACCGUCCAUCUUUCCUAAAACCCUUCUCUUCCCUCUCCUUCAGAUUCCCCCCUCCGCCGCUUCGGCCAUUAUCUCUCUCACCCACCAAGGCUUCUCUACAAGACCCAAACGGUAAGAACACCAGUACACCACCGGAGUUGUUCAAAUUUCAAGUUUCUAAUCAAAACGCAACACCCGGGAUUUCGUCUUUGAGAGCCACCGUCGUCACAACGAUCACUGCCGCCGCACUUUUCUUCACCGGGUUUGGGUUUAACUUUAAACCCUGCAUUGCCGAGCCAAUUUCGCCCCCUCCGACUGUUGAAACCGCUGAGAAGGAUGCAAUUGUUGACGAAGAAAGGGAAAAAUCUCUGGAAGAGCACUUGCUUUCCAACCCUUGUGAUGUAGAUGGACUGAAGAAUUUGAUGGAAAUCAAGGUAAAGAGCAAAAAGAUUCCGGAAGCUAUUGAGAUUCUAGAUAAGUUGAUGGAACUUGAGCCAGAAGAAGUUGAAUGGCCAAUGAUGAGAGCCCAUUUGUAUGCUUAUAAUGGGGAGCUUGAGUUAGCAAAGAAUGGGUUCAAUGAGCUGUUAAUGAAGGACCCUUUCCGUGUGGAGGCGUAUCACGGGCUGGUGACUGUGGCGUCGCAAGAAGAAUCGAGCAAAGAGUUGGGGGAUAUUGAGAAGAGGAUUGAGGAGGCGAUGAAAUUGUGCAAGAAGGAGAAUAAAAAGAGUGAUUUGAGGGAUUUCAAGCUGUUGCUUGCUCAAAUUAGAGUGCUUGAGGGAAGAUAUGAUGAAGCAUUGAAGGUUUAUCAGGAGUUGGUGAAGGAGGAGCCGAGGGAUUUUAGGCCAUAUCUGUGUCAGGGAAUAAUCUAUACUUUGUUGAGGAAAAACGGUGAGGCUGAGAAGAAUUUUGAGAAGUACAGGAGAUUGGUUCCCAAGGGGCACCCUUACGCUAGCUAUUUUGAUGACAAUAUGAUUGCUACAAAACUUUUCGCGCAGAAGGUGGAGAAUCAGAGAGCUAUGGCAAAGAGUUAGGGACUAUGCCGUUAUUCCUCUCGUAGCGGGUUAACAGUUGCUGAUGAGGGUGUGACAGAUAGGUUUGUGUUAUUUUUUGAUACCAAUGUUUAGGUGAUGUUUAUGAUUUUCUGCAAUGUAGUAAUUAUUGGAUGAAGUAUAGGUGGUAAAGAUUUGUGGCUGAGAAUGAUAACAUGGUAUUUCAAUAUCAAUAGAUUAUCUAAAAUUCAGGAUACGGCGAAUGAAGCAAAAGACAAUUGCAUCGGUCUUAUGCUCUGUUGUCCCCCUGGGGAUGACUAUUGAUUAAAUAGACAAUUAGACAUGCCAUAAGGUCUGCUUGAUCGUGUUUCAGUUUCUAA